UGACUCAUACUGUGGUACUCUAUUGAGUCUUAACAUAGCAAUCAAUGGUUCAGUACAGUGUAUUGAUACAUACUGUACCAUAGAUCUGGCAGACGACUGCGAUGAAAUUUCUCUGGACCGCGACCACAGAUUAUUUAUAGCAUGCGUCAUUAGAUGAGCACGGGAAAAAAGAAGCAACAACAGUGUUUCGCACUCAUACAUAUUUCUCAGCACAUCAGUGUUUAAAAAAAAAUAUUAUUGUCUGUUUACACGGUGUAUACUGGUUUGGGAUUUAAAAAGGUACCUUUGCAGUUACAUGUAGCCAUUGUUAGUUUGUAUUAGCAACGUGGAAGAAAAGAUAUUCGUAGCUUCAAAACGAGAGGCCUGCUAGCUACUGUUUGCUUGUUGCAACAAGAACCAGCUACAAGAAACCCUCACGAGUUGGUCUUGUUUGAGCAGAAACGUUUUCCACAAAUUUCAGUGCUCAAUCAUCAUGGCUGAUGACUUUGACAUAGAAGCAAUGCUUGAGGCUCCAUAUCGAAAGACUUGCCUAACGAUAUCUCACCUCUACUUCCAUGAAUUCCAGUGUGAUCUGUCAAAAAAUGAAGGAUGAGAUCAAGCACAGUAGUCCAAAUGGGCACAAGGAACGCAGCAAGAAGAAAAAAAAUAGCAGGAGUCGAAGCAGAGACAGGAAGAGAAGCAAAAGCCGGGAUCACAAGAAGAGCCAUGACCACAAGCAGAGCCGCAGCCACGAACGAAAGCGGAGCCGCAGCAGGGAGAGGCGCCGGAGCAGAGAGCGCAGCGGCCGCUACAGGGACCACAAGACCACCUUCUCUGGGCCGAAAUGUAAUGGUGUUUCCAGAGGGAAGAUUGGCACCCCACCUGUCAUCAAGCUAAGCCGAAGACGUUCCAGGAGCCGAAGCCCUUUCAAGAAAGAGAAGAGUCCUGUGAGGCAAGUGUUCCUUGGGGAGAUGACGCAAAAGACCUCAAUCAGGCAGCCAAUAGACAACCUGACUCCAGAGGAAAGGGACGCUCGCACAGUGUUCUGCAUGCAGCUGGCAGCCAGAAUCCGACCACGUGACCUGGAGGAGUUCUUCUCUGCAGUGGGAAAGGUGAGAGAUGUGCGCAUGAUCUCUGACAGAAAUUCGAGGAGGUCGAAGGGGAUUGCUUAUAUCGAGUUUGUGGAGGCCAACUCGGUGCCACUGGCUAUAGGAUUGUCUGGCCAGCGACUUCUGGGGGUGCCAAUAAUUGUUCAGGCCUCACAGGUAAUGGCUGAGAAAAACAGGGCUGCUGCCAUGGCCAACAACCUGCAGAAGGGCAACGCUGGCCCGAUGAGACUCUACGUCGGAUCCUUACACUUUAACAUCACAGAGGAGAUGCUACGAGGAAUAUUUGAGCCUUUUGGAAAGAUUGAGAGUAUUCAGCUCAUGAUGGAUAGUGAGACGGGGAGAUCCAAAGGAUAUGGCUUCAUCACUUUCUCAGACACAGAGUGUGCCAAGAAGGCUUUGGAUCAGUUGAACGGCUUUGAGCUGGCUGGCCGGCCGAUGAAGGUGGGCCAUGUGACUGAGCGCACAGACGCCUCCAACGCCAGCUCCUUCCUGGACAACGACGAGCUGGAGAGGACAGGUAUCGACCUGGGCACCACUGGGCGCCUGCAGCUCAUGGCCAGACUGGCUGAAGGCACGGGACUGCAGAUUCCCCCAGCAGCACAGCAAGCCCUGCAGAUGGGUGGGGCCAUUGCUAUUGGUGCCAUGGCCGCUGUAUCAGCUGCCAUGAAUCCUGCCAUGAAUAUGAACAUGAAUACAGCUAUGAACUUACCCUCACAGCCACUUGCUACACACUGUUUCCAGCUGUCUAACAUGUUCAACCCUCGGUCUGAAGAUAACCCAGGCUGGGAUGUUGACAUUCAGCAUGAUGUCAUUGAGGAAUGCAACAAACAUGGAGGAGUUGUGCACAUAUACGUUGACAAGAAUUCCACUGAAGGCAACGUGUAUGUGAAAUGUCCAUCCAUUCCUGCUGCCAUGGCUGCAGUAAACGCAUUACAUGGUCGAUAUUUUGCAGGUAAAAUGAUCACAGCGGCAUACGUCCCUCUCCCAACAUAUCACAACCUUUUCCCUGACUCUGUGAAGGCUACCCAGCUCCUGAUCCCUCUUGCUCACUGAUGAUCUCUCACAGCAAGACACGAAAAACCCAGAUUGGUGGGACACUGUAUAAUAGAUUUUUUUCCCCUUCAAUUUUCUCUCUUUAAAAAUUUGACAUUUUA